AAAGCUGCAAUGAGUUCUUUAAAUGCAAGUUUUUACCAGAAUAUCUCCAUUGUUCAUCCUCAGUACUUUUUCAUCAUUGGACUUUCAGGUAUACCGUACAGCAGUUAUUACUAUAUUUUCUUAUUUGUCAUUUAUUUUAUUACUAUAAUUGGAAACUCUGUAGUACUUCUCUUAAUAGCUCUGUACCGGAGUCUGCACAGUCCAAAGUACAUUGGUGUGUUUAACUUGGCCUUGGCUGAUAUUGGUGAAACUAAUGCACUGAUUCCUAACAUGAUGAAGACUUUUCUGUUUGACUCCCAGUACAUCUCCUACAAUGCUUGCUUGGCAAAUAUGUUUUUUGUGUUCUUCUUUAGUAGCUUGCAAAGUGUCUCUCUUGUUAUUAUGUCAUAUGAUCGUUUAAUUGCAAUUUGUUUGCCAUUAAGAUAUCAUGCUAUUGUGAAUAAUAGCAGUAUGAUUUUAGUUUUUCCAGCAAUAUGGAUAUUUAAUUCCUCUAUGGUGGCACUGAUGGUGUCUUUGAUCACCCGACUGUCUGUCUGCGAAUCUAAUGUUAUACAAAGUUAUUUUUGUGAUCAUGGACCAGUGUAUAGGUUGGCAUGUAAUGAUUUUAACCUUAAUAAAUCUGUGGGAUUUGUCAUCACAUCUUUAUUCCUUAUAGCACCGAUGAUCAUUAUAUUCCUUUCAUAUCUAGUCAUUUUUCUUGCAUUAAGCAAAAUCACAACCUGGGAAAGACGUUUAAAAGCACUGAAGACCUGUGUUUCACAUCUGUUGUUAGUAGCUGUUUAUUUUUUCCCAAUAUGCUUUACAUAUCUUGCACAGCUUUUGCUAGCUCUCACUCCCAAUGCCAGAGUCAUCAGCACAUCUUUGGCAUACGUUGUUCCUCCAAUGCUAAAUCCUAUUAUUUAUGUUUUAAAUACAGCUGAAAUCAAAACCCUGUUGCAAAAAAUGUUUAGCAAAAGAUCAGCAACAGUUAAAGAGGACAUUUCAAAAUGA